UGGAAGCGGUUGCGACAGUAUCCAGCCGAGGUGGGCGCAUUUCCAACGGUUGUCCUUCCUCCAAGACUCUGUGACUCCAGUACCCAGUACAUCGAAUUUAAAUGGAGGCAUCCCAAUGGUAAUGGAGUCGCAGAGAUCUGAAAUUGCAGCUGGUGGCAGUGGCUGCAGUGCUUCUUUGGCUGCUGAUCCUGAAGAUGAAGUUACAGAUAUUAGCUACCUAGGCGUAGCAGCUGAAGAGCACUGCUACACUCAGAGUAGUCCAGGUCCCUCUGAGCCAGCUGCAAAAAAAAGAAAGGGGAUGGAUGACCGUGAAGACUCGGUUACUGUGGCAACCAAAUACUUAAAAGACUUGAAUGCAAAAAGCACACAAAGAACUCCGUCAUCAAUGACGGAUGUUCAUUUUGCCAAUUUUGUUGCAUCCAGCAUGGCGGAGCUAAAGACGGAAAAAAAAAAAGAUUUGUGUCGGCUUGACAUUAUGAAGGUGCUGAUGCAGCACAAACAUGACGAUUCAGAUUCAAUGUAAUUUGGCCAUCGUUCUUGUUGGAAUUCCCACCAUCAUUGUCUGUUUUUUUUUUUUUUUAUUUGAAUAAUUCUCACGUCCCAUAGA